AUGCCUUCACAUGGUCACGCGAUGGGUAAAACACUUGGUACAAUACGUGUUAAAAAUACUAAUCGUGAAGAAACAGCAUUAACAUCACCGGAAUCUUUUAUUGAUCAAUAUUAUUCAAGACAUAAUCUGUAUGUUUAUAAGCUUUAUACAGUUGAUUUAGAUAUAUCUGCAAAAUGGGUUAUAUCAACAAUAGAACAACGAAUAUUUUUAUGUGAUAUUGAAGGUGAAGUACGUAUAUUUUCAUAUUCACGUGAUCUUCAUCGACAACCCUUAUUAAGAGAACGUUUUCAUUUAUCGAAUAUACGUUUAAUAUCAUCAUUUACAGCAACACAAAAUUAUUUAAUUGCAUUCGAAAUUGAUACACAAAUAUUAACAUUACAUACACAUCAUGGAGCAUUACUUUUACGUUUAUAUUUCCCAUAUGAUCCAAUUAUGAUAAUUCGUUGUGAUUAUCAUAAAAAAAAUCAAAUAUGGACAUGUAGUCGUACAAAACGACAUUGUUAUCAAUUUAAUAUAAAUCAUAAAAUAAAACAAGUUAAUGUUUUAGAUCAAUUAGAUUUUACAAAACCAAUAUCAAAUAUUUUAAUUGAUCCUAUUGGAAUAUCAUGCGAUGAACAAGAUCGUGUUGCUAUACAUGAUGUUAAUACGACAACAUCAGAUCGUUUAUUACUUUUUACGAAUAAUCAAAAUAUCAUAAUACCACUAGACUUUGUAAAACAUUUUGACAAACUAUUAUCAUCACGUAUUGAACGUGUUUUAUUAGUACCAAAACAACCAAAUUUAAUUGUUAUUGUUUAUGUUCCACAGUCGUCAACAACAAAUAUGCAUGAAAUAUGUAUUGUUGAUAUUAGUUUACAACCAGCACAAAUACUUCAUUGUUUAUCAGAAGCAAAUGGUAUACAAAAUAUAGAUGUGACAUUAAGUGGUGAAUUAGUUUAUACAGUUACAACACCAACAAAUAAACGAACACCACCAAAAAUGCAUAUCUAUAGUUUAAUUUAUUAA